AUGCUUUAUAUCUCUAAUUCCAGAGACAACAUCACGAACAUAGCGCUAGGAGCACUUAGGGAUGUGGUAGCCGCCAGAAUUGCCAAACAACCCAGUGACGAAGAACUAUGUCAUUAUCUAGAUGGGUCGAUGGAGGGGGACCUAGGUAACCCAUCCAAAGACAUUACGUCUAUGUGGACUCGACUUCAGAUGGCCACCAGAAGACUGGGUAAGAAAAUCGGCAUCAAGUGGGCCAUAGGACCGGAUGGCACACCAACAAUCACACUAGAAUACAACAUUAUCCGUACCAAAAAAUGCCAAAGCACGCUAGUCAGCCUCCUUAAACACCACCACCUCCAAAGACUGCUAGCAAAGCCCGAUCAAGGUAAGGCCUACAAGGUAAUGGCCAGUAACGAGGCGAGUAAUCACUUCCUCAACAAUGGCCGUUACACACGCUUUUCAGAUUGGCGGUUUAUCCACCGGGCUAGAUUGAGUGUUGUGGCUUUACGUGGGUACAAGAGAUUCGGCAACGAAUCAAAAACUUGUCAACGCUGCGGCUUUGCCCGUGAGACCCUCUUUCACAUCUUAUGUCACUGCCCUCCGAACUUUAGAUUAAUCACCCAACGACACAACGCAAUACUAAAUAGACUAGUGGCAGCAUUUCAACCAAGAGGAGCCACAGUCUUUGUCAAUCAGCGGGUGCCAGGGUAUGCAGAAAACUGCCGCCCAGACCUUACCAUCAUCCACGAGGAAUCCAGAACAGCAACAGUCAUCAACGUUACAACGCCGUUUGAAAACGGGCGCCCAGCCUUCGACGCCGCGAGGGACAAAAAGGAGAGGAAAUACAACGGCCUCGUCCAGCAUCUCCGCGCCAGUACUUUCAUCGUAGGGGCAUUAGGCAACUAA